AGAGAGAGAGAGAGAGAGAGAGAGAGAGAGAGAGAGAGAGAGAGAGAGAGAGAGAGAGAGAGAGAGAGAGAGAGAGAGAGAGAGAGAUACUAUAAUCAAAAUAAGGGAACCAAAGUAAAAGCAAUAAAGAUACGGGAAUCUAAUAAGGGAGACAGGAGCACGGCACUCUUUCGUAAAACAUGUUGGCCAAGAAUAGAAUCUACAUCGCCCUCCCUCUGGUGUUUAUGGUGGCUGUCUACAAGAGUGGCUUGGUCGCGAAUCAGACGAGAUUUCUGAAGCCUGUGCCGCCGCCCGUGGGUCCAGAUGGAACUCCAGCUUCUCGGAGCCAAAGAAUUCCAACUACAGCAUCACACGACGUCGCGUUCGAGGACAACAUUUCGAAGACGCUGCAUCACAACGGCAGCUGGUCUUCAGCGGGGGUGUCCUCAUCAAGUGCGCUUGGAGAACGAAGGAAAGAAAACAUCCCCGAUGCAACUCAGACAGAAAAAUCCGAAACGAAAAAGAUUCUUUUCUACACCAAGUUCUUCAGCGAGGGCUGGCAGACCUUCUUGGGCAACAGAACGAACCUGACCUUACAAGGUUGCCCUGAAGCCCGUUGCGUGUUCACCUUUGACCCCGACGACGACCAAGACGAUGCCGACGCCCUCAUCUUCCACGCCAACGAUUUCGACGCCAAGGCGGUGCCAAGGGCGCGGCGACCCCACCAGAAGUACGUCUGGUUCAACCUUGAAGCCCCGGUGCCCAGGGGAGAUCACCAGAGGGGCAGGCCCUGGGGUCGCGACUUCUUCAACUGGACCUUCACUUACAACAGGGACUCUGACUUGUUCAUGCCGUACGGCGUGUUCACGCCGCUUCAAGCUGAAGAACAUGAUCUCUCGGCCGACCUUCGCAUGAAUAAAAGCAGCACGAUCUUCCUCAAGUACAUGCAAGACCUGAACAACAACGUUUCCCUCGAGGACGACCUCCAGCACGACUGGUCCUCCUUCCUGCGUCGGCCGAAAAUUGUUGCUUGGAUGGUGUCGAACUGCUUCACUUGGUCAGGUCGCGAAAAGUACGUGCAGGAGUUGCAGAAAUACGUACAGGUGGACGUGUACGGCAAGUGCGGGUCUCUCACGUGCGGCAAGAACCACCGUGACACGUACUGCUACACUGACGUCCUCUCCUCCAGUUAUCUCUUCUACCUGUCCUUCGAGAACAAUUUGUGCCGGGAUUACAUAACCGAGAAGGUGUGGUUUCCGAUGCUCCACGGGCUGGUGCCAGUAGUCUAUGGAGGGGCUACAUAUAUAGACUACCUCCCCCCACACUCCUACAUUGAUGCGAGGACUUUGUCGCCGAGGGAUCUUGCUGAACUCCUUAUCAAGUAGAUCGCUCGUUUUAUUCUGUUUUGUUUUGAUGGU